AUGGAAAAGUCCAUCUCUAUUGAACUAAAGCAGCUGUGUAAAGGUCAAAAUGAUGUCUUUGACACAUUAUUCAGGUUAAAAACAUCGAAUAAUGAUGAUAUCAACCAGAUCUUUGAGGAGCUGAAAAGUCAAUAUAUCGAGGCAAAAAGGAUCUCUCCACACAAGAUUAUUGAAACAAUCUUCACUGCAGCUAAAUACAAUAAUCGCUACACAAAGUCAUAUUGGGAACUAUUCAAAAAGGUAUAUAAUGAAUAUCAUCCAACUCAAACCAUAAUGAUUGAUCUUGCAUUUGACUAUUUUGUUCAUAAAGAGUAUGGAAUAUUUUUAUAUAAGGACCAUAAAGAAAGUAUUGAGGAAUAUUAUCAGUUCCAAUCCAACAAUUAUUCAUUAAAUGUUCAUGAAGAAGGUACAAUUUUCAGAGCAAUAAUGGAAGAUAAUAAAGAUUCACUGAUAUCUUUUACAGAAAAGAAUGAUUUUGAUGCAGAGGAAAGAAUAGAAAAUCCAUUCUAUCCUGAUCCAUAUCACCUAUAUUCAUUGCUUGAAUUAUGUUGCUAUCAUGGGUCUGUUGUAUGUUUUAAAUUCUUAAGAACUAAAUUCAACUUAGAAAUCACACCUAUUUGUCUUCAGUAUUCAUUUUUGAGCGGAAAUACGCACAUAAUCAGUGAAUGUUUGAAAGUUCAAAAGCCCAGCAAAGAAUGCAUGAAAUAUGCUAUCAUCUCCCAUGAGAUUGAAAAGGUUAUAUUUUUAAUGAAUGAUUACGAAACGAAAAUCAAAUUGGAUGAUUGUGUGGAAUAUAAUAAUCUUCUAGCAUUUUUGGCUUAUUUUGAUCAAAACAAAAGUAUUGACGAUUGCUUUGCUGUUUCACCAUCUUUCGGCCUCAAAAGCAUUUGUAAAUAUUUAUUAGACCAUGGUGCCGAUAUAAAUGCCAAAGAUUCCCACAUGAAGACAGCACUUCAUUAUGCAGCCGAAUACAAUAACGCUGUAAUAGCAGAACUCUUAAUUUCGCGUGGGGCAGACAUUGAAUCCACAGACUCUCGUGCAAAUACCUCGCUUAUUUGGGCAUCACAAUAUAAUAGUAAAGAAGUGGUAGAAAUUCUUCUUUCUCAUGGCGCUACAAUCACUAAGUCAACAGCGCUACAAUCAUCACCUCUCAUUACAGCAGCUUCUUAUAAUAGCAAAGAAACUGCAGAAGUGCUAAUCUCUCAUGGAGCUGAUGUAAAUGAAGCAGAUGAUGGACAAAAAACUCCUCUUCACUGGGCAGCAAUGUGUGAGAGCCCCGAAACAGCUGAAUUACUUAUUUCCCAUGGAGCUGAUAUCAAUUUAUUAGCACAGGGAAUCCCACCUAUCCAAUAUGCAGCGGAUCAGGGCAGUAUUGGUAUGGUUAAAGUUCUUGUUUCACAUGGAGCAGAUGUCAAUUUCACUGAAGAUGAUGGUUUUACACCCCUUCAAGCUGCAAUUUACCGAAACAACAAAGCAAUGGUAGAUGUUCUUAUCUCCCUCGGCGCCCAAGUUACCGAUGAUAUCAAUAAAUCUCUUGAAAACAUGAAUGAUUACGAUUAUGAUUGA